GAGUGAGUGAGAGAGAGAAAGAGAGAGGGAGAGAGAGAGAGCAAGCUCCUCCUCCUCGUGCUCUCCAGCAGUCAACAGCCUGACAGAGAGGAGAAGAUAAACUCCGCUGUUAGACCUGCAGCCUCCGCGGGAUCAUCGGUGACUUGGUGAACUUGGACCCGCCUCUCGUCAGUCAUGGCGUCCUCUCUGAUCGGCCGUCAGCUCGUUCUCUCGCUGCAGAAAAACAUGUGGCUCGGCGCUGCAGGCUGCAGAUACGUCAGCAAAGCAGCGCCACAGAGUCGGGCGGAGUGUGAAUAUGACGGACCCUCCAUGAAAACUUCAGUUCCUGGGCCACGGUCACAGGAGCUGACAAAACAGCUGGGAGAAAUCCAGAAUGUUGGUGCCAUCAACUUCUUCUGUAACUAUGAGGAGAGCAGAGGAAACUACCUGGUGGAUGUGGAUGGAAACCGCAUGCUGGAUAUCUACACUCAGAUCUCCUCCAUCCCAAUCGGUUACAACCACCCUGCUCUGCUCAAGCUGAUGACCAAUCCUAACAAUCUGAGUACACUAGUGAACCGUCCGGCUCUGGGAAUCCUGCCUCCUGAGAACUUUCCAGACAAAAUCACAGAAAGUCUGAUCUCAGUGGCUCCCAGUGGAAUGACCCGUGUUCAGACUAUGGCCUGUGGCUCUUGCUCCAAUGAGAACGCCUACAAAGCAAUGUUUAUCUGGUACAGGAACAAGGAACGAGGCCACAACACGCCGUCUGAAGAAGACCUCAACACCUGCAUGAUAAACAAGUCUCCGGGUUGUCCUGACCUGAGCAUUCUAUCUUUCAUGGGAGGAUUCCACGGAAGGACCAUGGGCACACUGGCGACAACUCACUCAAAAGCAAUCCACAAGCUGGAUGUGCCGUCAUUUGAUUGGCCCAUCGCCCCGUUUCCCACUCUGCAGUAUCCACUGGAGGAGUUCACCAGAGAGAAUGAACAGGAAGAGGCUCGCUGUCUGGAGGAGGUGGAGGAUCUGAUCGUGAAGUGGAGGCAGAAGGGAAGGCCUGUGGCAGGAAUUGUGAUUGAACCAAUCCAGGCUGAAGGUGGAGAUAACCACGCCUCUCCAAACUUCUUCAAAGGCCUUCGAAAUAUUGCAAGCAAGCAUGGCUGUGCUUUCCAUGUGGAUGAAGUCCAAACGGGUGGGGGCACCACAGGGAAGUUUUGGGCCCACGAGCACUGGGGCAUGGACGAUCCUGCUGACAUUGUCUCAUUCAGCAAGAAGCUUCUGACUGGAGGCUACUACCACAAGUAUGAACUACAGGCUGAUAAGCCGUACCGCAUCUUUAACACGUGGAUGGGCGACCCGACAAAGAACCUGAUACUGGCUGAGGUUCUUAAUGUGAUUCGCAGAGAGCAGCUUCUGGAGGAGGUCAAUCGCUCUGGGAAAGUUCUGCUAAAUGGUCUUUAUGAUCUACAGGCUCGAUACCCCGGCGUCCUGAGUCGUGCUCGAGGACAGGGAACCUUCUGUGCCAUCGACGUCUGCAGUGAUGAAACACGCAACAGCAUCUUGCUCAAGGCCAGAGACAAAGGUAUUCUCCUGGGAGGGUGCGGAGACCGAUCGAUCCGUUUCCGUCCAGCGCUGGUCUUCAAGGAACACCAUGUUCACAUGUUCCUCAACAUCUUUAAUGACGUGUUGGCCCAGAUCAAAUAAAUCCUGACCCCAGAGAAAACCGGAAAAACAGAACAAGAGUGGAUCCAGAGGAGAGGGAGGGGCAAACCGCGCACAGCCUGUCAUGAUAAGCAUGACACACCCAAUAACUCACACAGAUACAACCUCUGGUGCCAUGGUCAGUCUACGUCUACUCCUCUGUGAUGUCUUUUUACUUGUGCUGCCAUUAACAUGGAUAUUAGAGCAGGUGUCCGCUGGUACGAAGGCCCUUUUUACACGUUAUUCAUGUUGUUCUGUGUAGACUGACCACACUAGACUAGCUUUAGUCUGGAUGAAGUCCAUAUUAUGAGCAUGUCCACUUCAUUAGACCAUCUCACCCAAACUGAGUUUUAAUUUCAUGUUGACAACAGUCAUUGUCAGUCCUGCCAGCAUGAAGAGAAUUUUCACAAAGUAAAGACAACAUCUGAGGAGCUUUGAUGCUCUUUACUAUCCUCCAGGAGAACUGGGCUGAAGUCCUUGUUGAAUCACAAAUCUGAGGUUCAGGUGUUAGCAUGCAUUAGACAAACGUCACGUAGAUUAGUUAAAGGUGCCAAAACUCUUUCAUUAUCUCCGAACAUAGACUUCUUUUACUCCCGGUUAUACCCGACCACCUGCGACCACCAGUCACUGAGACUGUAAGAAGGUCAGAUGAUCAUCCUUAAGACGCACCACUGUGUCCAUGACAACACAGCUAAGACGCCAGCCUGCAUGUGGUUUUGAUGUUGCCCAUUUAGAAAUGUCCUUGUUAGUCUUUGUUGUAGCCCAGAAAAUGUGAACUUUAAAUGUAAAUGAAGACGUGGGAUGAGUUAGUGCCUCCAGGUUAUUCUUUUUUUUAAUGAAAGCAGCUACUAACCCUAACCCUAACUAAACCUUUGAAAACAUUUACUUUACUCUUGAACAAGAGUUCUUCUUUUUUGGAAGUUACCUUUGCAACAUUUGCAAUAAUGUCUGCAAAAUCAUAAUCAAGUCUGAAAUGCAUUAUGAUUUCAAAUGGACCACGUCUCACUUUGAACUCGUCGUCUUUGGGACCGUCUCACAGUUAAUCUAAGUCUCCAAGAAUAUUUUGAGGUUUCAUCAACUUACAUGGGGUGAAUGUCAUGUGACAUGUUUGUAUUUAUACACGCAGUAGAGACAGAGACAGAAGACAGAGGACAGAGGACAGAACAAGGUUAAAGACAUGUAAUGAAGUCAUAGUCAUACACUCUAACUGUAAAUACAGAGAGCUGCUAACUGAAGGCUCCGCCUCCCGUCCUGCUCUCUGAAGACAUGGUUGUUUGAACGUUAGACAUUAUAUUUUACAACAGUUGUAACAAACAAUACCAUUUACCAACUGUAGGGGGACCCUGAGAGCAAAUCCUACAUUGUGUUACUUUAACACACACUGGCAACCCUCGGGUUACAAAGCCACUCCCCUGUCACUGGACGGCCACAGACCACAAAAACCACUGAUUACUGCCACGCUGGUGAGAACGACAGGAGGCGACAUUUAUUGAUUUAUUCAUUAUUUAUUGUCCAACUCUCUUUUUGCUUUUUUUGCGGUGUAGGCAGGAGCCAUUUUUUUUUACAGCUCAGAGUAUUGACGUGAAACCGCUAUCAGUCUUACACGGCAUUUAUAAAGAAUUGCAGAAUGAUUUUAUAAUAAAAUAAGUCACAUGAUCACAGCAGGUCAGCGUGGCAGGUCACAUGUCAUUGUCCGUGCGUGUCUCUGUCUUUACAGCCUGUGCGUCGUGAACCGUUUAUUGGAUGUUAAGGGUUGUUUUUCUUUUCCUGAUGAUCUGAUACAGUGAUUUUGACACGUGUCAGACCAAUAGCAAUAUAAAGAGAAUCACACUAGCUCGUCCUUAUUGAUUAUACUGAAAGGUUAUUAUGGAAUUCUUUAAUCCUUUAAAUAGCCACUACUGUGAGCUUUGAUUAGAGGAACUCAACAGUGGAUGAGACAGAGCCAGACUUGUCAUUUCACAGUUUGAUCAAAUAUUAUGGUCUGUAAACACAUUUGAUCUCAUGGAGUUCAUAAAUGACAGUUUGACCUGAUGUUCUGAUCCUCAGUGUCAGUAUCAGUUUAUAAAAUGUUAACACAUUCAUUUUUGUCUUAAUUCAAAUGUAUGAAUACAUUUACACGUCCAUGUAUAUGAAUCAUAUUAGUCUGGUAUGAAUUGAUCCUACAUUUAGAUGAUGAAUAAUGACGAUGGUGAUGAUGAGGCCAGCGUGUCCAUCUUUCGACAUAACGUUGAUUAUUGAAGUGAUUAUUUUAGAUGGCUCUAACUGCUGUUUGUGUCUGUGUACCAUGUCAAAUAAAUGAGUUCUAUUUCCGA